AUGAGUUCGCCCGCCGCCCAUCUCCCUCUCCCUCUGCCCAAAGAUGCCAUCAACGCUCUCUUGCAAUCCUUGCGCCUACCUCAUGCCACGUCUAUCAGCAACCCACAAAUGACUGCUCAAUAUCAUUCAAUCUACUUCCUCACUCUGCCGCCUACCGAGCUCUCGCGUGGCUACUCCGAGCUCGUUCUUCGCGUCGCGGGCAACCAUCUCCCCGAGAUCAAAACAGCAAAUGAGAUAGGCGUCAUGACCUGGCUCUCCGGGAAUACCACGAUACCUUUACCAGAGGUCAUAGCCUACGAUGCUUCCAACAAGAACCCCAUCGCUCACGAGUACACUUUGCUUUCUCGCGUUCAGGGCGUUACCCUCAGUGAUAUCUACGACAACUUGAGCGACGAGCAAAUGAACCAGAUCUUCGACCAGCUGAUUGACGUCCUCACUCAACUCCAGUCGCACCCUUGGGACGGCAUCGGAGGCUUGAAACUCGAUGAUCGAGGUCAGGUUCAGCUAGGCCCAGUGGUUGACGAGACCUUCUGGCAGGUCCCAGACAUCGAAGGGUUUUGGCCUGAAGGAGAGACGGUGGCGACUCUCAACAUCGGAGGGCCGUACAAGACAUACGUCGACUACAUGGUAGCACAUGUCAACAAGUACAUCCGACUCAUCCAAACCCAUGAAAAGCUGGCGUUCAUGCGAGAUACCAUCCCCCGCCUGGAGGCAUUCGUAGCUGCUCUCCCGAAACACGUCAAGGAGCUCAACAAAGUCAAGCUACGCCUCGCCCACAAAGAUCUACACUUCGCCAACAUGAUCUUUGAUCCAACUUCUGGCAAAAUCACUGGCAUUCUCGACUGGGAGUUCGUUGGCGUCGUUCCAUACCCUCAGUGGAACCCAAGAAGCUCCUUUCUCUGGAACGGGAUCGACACCUCGGAAUCGUUGGAUGAAAAGUACAAGCUGUUGGAAGUCUUCAAGCAGCGGUGUAAAGACAAGGGCUGCAAACUGUUUGAGGAGACGUGGUACAAUUCAUCAUUGCAGGAAAGCAUGCAGCGAGCCGUUGACUUCUUGCGGGCUAUUGUGGAGGUGUCGCCGAGGGGUCAGAGACAGGAGCUUGUACAGGGAUGGAAGGACGUGGUGCUAGAGAACAUUGCAAAGUUUGCGGCCUAA